GUGCUUCAUUCUACCACAACUAUCAAUCUAAAACGGCAGGCAUGGAGAAAGCAGAAGUGAUCCCAGAGGUAGUCUUGAGCUCUGGACAUAGGAUGCCGUUGAUAGGUUUGGGGACAGCAGGCAACCCUCUCCCUUCUAAUCUUACUUCUAUUCUUGUUGAUGCCAUUGAGAACGGUUACCGUCAUUUCGAUACUGCUGCCAUCUACGGGAGUGAAGGGUUCGUCGGCGAAGCUGUAGCCCAAGCACUUGAGCAAGGCUUGAUAAAAAGCCGCGGCGAUGUUUUCGUUACUUCAAAGCUAUGGUGCACAGAUGCAGACCCUGAUCUAGUCCUCCCAGCACUUAAGAAAACACUCCAGUUAGUAUCUGGAGCAAGGAGUAAGUCCAAUUGUGAAGAGCUUCAACAAGGAAAGGAUGAAAGAAAAUCUCCAUAUCUUAGAUUGGGAACUUACCCAAGAAGAAUUGGAUAA